UUGUAAAAUGAAUUACUAUUAUCCUGCCUAUCCAACUCCAUAAGCUUCAACUAAUUUCAUAAAUUGUGUUCUUGAUUUUGAUAGUAAACUCUAUAUAGGAGAUGCUCAAGCAUUUUAAUAUUAUCAGAAUUAUGAUGUCAAAGCCAUAAUAUCUUUUUCUACAGAACAAAGUAAACAAUCUAUUAACUUAUUUAUUAGAUUUCCAAGCUAAUUCAGAUACCGAUCAAAUGGUUUUAUAAGUUAAUGAUCGUCCAUAAUGUGAUAUCUCUGGAUAUUUUGAUAAAACCAAUAAAUUUAUCAAUAAACAUAUGGAUGAUAAUCACAACGUACUUGUCCAUUGCGUGGCAGGGAAAUCUAGAUCUGCCACUAUUGUGUUGGCUUAUCUAAUGUUCUCUUAAGAUUGGACCUUAUAAGAGGCAUUGAUUUACUUAAAAAGUGUAAGACCAAUAGUUUGUCCCAAUCCUGGAUUCAUUCGAUAAUUGUUGAAAUACGAAGAAAAACUAUUUGGUAAAGUCAAAAGCAAUUUAACUCAUGAUAUUACACCAUAUUAUAAUGUUUAAAAGGCAGAUACUAUAAUACCAGAAGGACCUGCUGUGGGAAGAAAUUACUAAGUUGAUUAGAAUGCUUAUAAUAGAAGAUCCUCUUUUGUUUCACCACCAUCUCAACUUAUGGGACACUAGCGAUCGUAUUAGUAAUUCUAAUAUGGAUGGAGAUAUUAUUGAA